AUGACCCUAGCGAACGCAGAGGUGGACGCGUUUAACGCUGCCUUGGGAGAGCUUAGAGCCAUCACAGACAGGGACGAGGCAGAGGCGGUGCUCCGGGGUCUGGCAGCCCAGCUACGCGCAUAUGAGCGCCGGGCACAAAUAACGUCUUCUCUGAGCGCUUAUGACAGGCGCGUCACAAAUAUCCAGCUGACUAAGCUGGCUUACAAUUUGGCUGCAGCGAGGCAGCUCAAGGUCCCCCGCAAGGCUUUCGCCUUUUCUAGCAGGAAAUAUAUCAAGAAGGACAGCGCGGUAGAAACCCCGAGCGCUCCCGUGAUUCAGUACAUCGAUGAAAACGUUACCUGCGACAUUGUUGACGCUAGCUUUCGACUCGAGCCGGACAAAGAAGGCACGGACUAUACUCUGCGCAAGUGCGUCAACGCGCGAAUAGUCCUCCCAACCCAAUUAUCUACAUUGUACGUCGAUGAUUGUGAUGGCUGCAUGAUCUUUUGCAGCAGCGUGUCUGGAGCAUUACACAUGGAGCGCUGUCGCGGGCUGGUGGUCAUCGCUUCCUGCCAUCAGCUGCGGAUCCACCACACAGCGUCCUCGACGUUUGUCGUGGCUGUCGGAAGUUCCCCUAUCAUUGAGCACAGCCUUGAUCUGCAGUUUGCGCCGCUCACACGUGCCACCAUUGAGGCACACACGGCCCUCCUCGGCAAGUUAGAUCCUGAGUUCAACAAGCGUUUACUGCAGUCGGGUUUGGACCCAGUGCUAGACGAGACCCAGUGCUUCACCGUUCGCGACUUUUCAUGGCUAAAGGCGGGGGACAACCCGCACUAUAAAGUGCGCCGGGACGUAGCCUCCCUAGAACCAGAAAACUUGUUUGGAAACACGGUCACCGCCCUGGUUGAACAGUAA